CCGCUCUGCCCGCUAGCCACUCAAAAACCGCGCGACGCGACUCCUUCGAGAAUCGAGAGCAACAAGGCCGCCACGAGUGCACCUGCAGCGCACACCUGUCGUGCCGUGCCCUGCCAUGGCGCUCGUCUCGCUCUCGCUCCCGUCCCCCGCCGCCUCCUCUUCCAACCGCCUCCUCGCAUCGUCGCCGUCGCCGAGCAGCGGCUGCGCCGGCAGCAGGAGAGGCCUACGAGCUGCAAGCCACGGCAGCCUCACUCAAACCGCCGCGCCGGGCCGUCGGGGCGACGUGCGGUGGCGGGCGCCCGUGUCGCUGUCGUCCUUCUCCUCCUUCCUGCCGUCCUUCUUCAAGAACAACAAGGGGAAGGAGGACGAGGAGAAGGCCGCGAGGCUCAAGGAGGAGCUCCUGGCCGCCAUCGCGCCGCUCGACCGCGGCGCCGAGGCCACGCAGGAGGACAAGGACCGCGUCGAGGAGAUCGCCCGGCGGCUGGAGGAGGCGAGGCCGGCCAAGGAGCCGCUCAAGUCCGAUCUCCUCAACGGGAAGUGGGAGCUCCUCUACACCACCUCCACCUCCAUACUGCAGCCACAGAGGCCAAAGUUCCUGAGGCCAUAUGGGACGAUCUACCAAGCAAUCAACACAGACACUUUAAGAGCUCAAAACAUGGAGACAUUGCCUUACUUUAAUCAGGUUACUGCCAACUUGGUACCUCUCACUUCUAGAAGAGUUGCAGUUCAAUUUGAUUACUUCAAAAUAUUUAGUCUGAUUCCAAUCAAAGCACCAGGAAGAGGUAAAGGGGAACUAGAAAUAACAUAUCUUGACGAAGAGCUCAGGGUUUCAAGAGGAGACAAGGGGAACCUGUUCGUGCUGAAGAUGGCCGACCCAACGUACAGAGUUCCAUUGUAAUAAUAGUUGAUAGCUAGUAGAUGCUAAUGUGUACCGCUACAAGAAAUCAGGUGCCAGCUAUCUUGAAUAGUUACCUUUUUCCGCCCCGACGCAAUGUGGGACAUGUACAUAUGAAGAUUUGGGCACAGUCCGUAUAACAGAAAGCACUUUUAAACUGACAGAA